GCGACGGCGCGGCGUCGUCCUGCGGUCCGCUCAUGCCGCAGGGCGGGGUGCAGGCGCUGGAGGCGAUGCUGUUCGCGCUGGACGCCGCCGCCCGCGACCACCUCAACCCGCCCGGCGUCAGCCUCGGCGCUCUCGUGCUGGACGACUGCGACAGCGACACCAGAGGGCUGGAGAUGGCCUUGGAUUUUAUUAAAGGUUCCAUCAGCAACAUCGACGACGCGGAGUACGCGUGCAACGCGACGGCCAUGCGGAAGGUGAUCUCGGGCGUGGUGGGCGCCGCCUCCAGCGUCACCUCCGUGCAGGUCGCCAACCUGCUGCGCCUGUUCAAGAUACCUCAGGUGUCCUACUUCUCGACGUCGCCGGAGCUGUCGAACAAGGCGCGGUUCGAGUACUUCACGCGCACCAUCCCCUCCGACCUGCACCAGGUGCGCGCCAUGGUCGAGAUCGUCAAGGUGCUGGGCUGGAGAUACGUCUCCAUCAUCUACGAGGAGAGCAACUAUGGGAUCAAGGCGUUCGAGGAGUUGGAGACGCUGCUGCUGCGCGACGACAUCUGCAUCGCCGUGAAGGAGCGGCUGGCGAAGGACUCCGGAGCUGCAGACCAGCACGGCUACGACGCCAUCGUCGAGCGCCUGCUGUCCAAGCCACGGGCUAGAGGAGUAAUAGUAUUCGGCUCGGACCAAGAAGUGGCUGGUGUGAUGGCAGCGGUUGGUCGUCGCGGCGCAGCAGGCUCCUUCAGUUGGGUCGGCUCCGACGGCUGGAGCGCUCGCGCCCUGGUGGCAGCUGGCAACGAGCCCGUGGUGGAGGGAACCAUCAGCGUGCAGCCCCAAGCGAACCCCGUGCGAGGGUUUAGAGACUACUUCCUACAGCUGACGCCUGAGAACAACUCCAGGAAUCCCUGGUUUGUCGAGUUCUGGGAGGAGCAGUUCAACUGUCGCUAUGGUCGGGCGCCGUACGCACACACGCGCGCACCACACUCACACACCGCCGCGCGUCCGCCCUGCACCGGCCGAGAGCAGCUUACGGCGGAUAACACGGAGUUUGAGGCACAGCUGCAGUUCGUCGCUGAUGCUGUUUGGGCUUUUGUAUAUGCUAUACGGGAUAUGCAUAGAGAUCUGUGUGGAGAUGAACAUGGUCUAUGUGAUAAGAUGAGGCCUGUUAGUGGACCGACGCUGCUGCGGUACCUUAGACAAGUGAGGUUCGAAGGUCUAAGCGGCGACGAAUUCCACUUCGACGCGAACGGCGAUGGGCCGGCGCGGUACAACAUCCUGCACUUCAAGCAGGUCGCCCGGGGCGUGUACCGCUGGGUGCAGGUCGGCCAGUACCGCGACGGCGAGCUGCAGCUGGAUAUGGACGAGAUCCAGUUCAAGUGGGGCUCACAGCGGCCGCCGGAGUCGGUGUGCAGCGCGGAGUGCGAGCUCGGCCAGGCCAAGCAGUACGUGGAGGGCGAGAGCUGCUGCUGGCACUGCUUCAACUGCACGCAGUACGAGAUCCGCUCCCCGUUCUCGGAGACGGCGUGCAUGGAGUGCGCGCGUGGCACUCUGCCAGACGUCACGCGCGUGCGGUGCGCGCCCAUCCCCGAGCUGUACCUGCGCCCCACCUCGGCCGCCGCCAUCGGCGCCAUGGCCUUCUCCGCGCUGGGCAUACUGCUCACCUUGUUGGUAUGCGGUGUGUGGGUGGCGCGGCGUGGUACGCCGGUGGUACGGGCUUCGGGCCGAGAACUAUCCUUCGUGCUGCUGACCGGAAUCCUGAUGUGCUAUCUCGUCACCUUCGCGCUAGUGUUGCGGCCUACUGACUUCCUCUGUUCCUUGCAACGGUUUGGCACCGGAUUUUGCUUCACUGUGGUGUACGCAGCGUUGCUCACGAAGACCAACAGGAUAGCGCGUAUCUUCAAUGCCAGCAAGCAGUCCGCACGGAGACCAUCACUCAUUUCACCUAAGUCACAACUGAUGAUUUGCUCAAUACUCGUAUCUAUUCAGGUGGUGAUAGUGGUAAUAUGGCAGCUGGCAUCACCAGCGCGCGCUAUCUACCACCAUCCCACGCGCGAGGAUAAUAUGCUGGUCUGCGAUUCCUACGUCGAUGCCUCCUACACCAUUACCUUCUUCUACCCCGUCGUGCUCAUCAUCGUCUGCACCGUCUACGCCGUGCUCACCAGGAAAAUACCGGAGGCGUUUAACGAAAGCAAGCAUAUAGGGUUCACGAUGUACACGACGUGCGUCAUAUGGCUUGCAUUCGUGCCGCUGUACUUCGGCACCGCCAGCCACGUGCCGCUGCGCGUCACCAGCAUGGCCGUCACCAUCUCGCUCAGCGCCAGCGUCACGCUCGCCUGCCUGUUCGCGCCCAAGGUAUACAUAAUCCUGAUCCGACCGGAGCGCAACGUGCGGGCCAGCCUGAUGCCGCACCGGUGGCGCGGGGGCGCAGCGCCAGGGGCGGUGUGCGCGGCGCUGGUGGGCGCUGCUCCCCUGCCGCGCCCACCAGCUACACCAUCCACGGAUCUAUCCACUUUAGAUGCCAAUGAGAAGUGGACUUUAACAGACCGUCAGGUGCAGACGGACGACCUGAGUCCACCACGGAAGGAGCCGGAGAGGAACGGACUCAAGCUGGAACCGCCCAAGCUGGAACUGCCCAAACUGGACCCACACAAGGACCUUCCCAAGCGGGACCCUCUGGAACUGGAUGCACUGAAACGUGAGCACCUCCAGAUGGACCCUCACAAGCCCCAGCAGUUGGAUCCGCUGCAGCUGGAUGAGCUGCGAGCUGGUUUGCCAGUGCCGCAGGGCGCGCAGCGGCGGCGUUCCGUCGCGGAACCCACCAUGAAGCUAGCUGUGGCGGUGGUGGGGGGGCCCGCGUUAUAGCGCGACCUGCCCCGCGCUCCGCGCCGCCCCGUGCUCGUCUGAGAUUAUUCACGCUGGGCGAUAACGACACGAUACCUAUACGAUCAUACGAUAUACGAACGAUUGCUGUCGCCAUCGUGAAUACGCGACAUUUUGAGCGACCUUGUCACACAUUGUUAAAGUCAUUUUGUUAAAGGGU